AUGGGGCUCGAUGACAAUCGCCCUCCAACCAGCGCACGACAUCUCUUCCGUCAGCCGCGCGCUCUGCAAUGGUUUGAAAAUGGGAGGCUGGUCAAGCGUCAAGAAGGCGAACGCCAGGCAGGACGCUUUGAACUCUUCUUAGACUUGCUCUACGUCUCCAUGUUGGCCAACUUUGCGGAGACUUUGGCCGAGGACAUUUCGGGGGCCAAGCUGGUCAAGUAUAUUGUAAGGGUCGCUCACAGACAUAACGCUUUACCACUUUCCACGCUGACCCUUGUACCGCUACGGGGUUGUAGCUCAUCCUCGCGCCAUCCUGGCAUGUCUGUCAUGUACGGUAACAACGCCCCCUUUGUCGACGAGGAAAUUGGAGCCAUGCGCGCGACGGUCGGCUGCUACAUGGUCGCGCGCAUCUCUUGCGCUGCGGCGCACUUGCUGUACUCGUUCGCCAGCUAUCACCACCGUGCGCAGCAGCGACUCUGGGUGGCGUUCACGCUGGUGGCCAUGUGCAUCUAUAUUCCGUUAUACUUUGACUCUGUAUCGCUGCGCGGCAAGAUUGCGGCGGCGGCCGUUGGCGUCGUCUUCGAGGAAUGCGCCUGGAUCUUCUGCUACUCCCCGGCCGCGAAAAAGAUGCUUAAGGUCCGAUAUACAACCGCCGUGGAUAUAGCGCACGAGGUCGAUCGCUUCGCCGCAUUUUACAUCAUCGUCCUGGGUGAAUAUCUAUACCAGAUCGUGGUCGGCUCGCCAGCCGCGAUAGGCUUCAAUCCCGGUCUGCUCCAUGCAGUUUGGACGCUGGUCAUCGCGUUCUGCCUGAAUUGGAUGUACGUCCACAACGACGGCGCUUUGGACGGUACCCAUCCGUUCCGCUAUUCGGUCUACACUGCCUUCGGCUGGGUCUCCAUACACCUGCCACUCGCCGCGAGCUUGUUGGCAAGCGGACAUGUGGCCGCUGCCACGACUGCGGAAAAUACGCUGCAUCACGCUGAGCGGUGGCUCCUCUGUGGCAGCCUUGGAACUGGCCUGUUCUGUCUCUAUGCCUUGGCACUGUUGUUCGAGGAUAAGGACGCUCCAGGGACACUGUUAUUACCCAAGCAUCUUCGCAUCAUUGUUCGUCCGAUUAUCGGGCUUAUCAUCAUUCUUCUUGGCCUCAGGGAUGGUCUUGAUCUUACCUCGACCCUGUCGAUCAUCAUGGCUCUGAUAGUGUUCUGUCUGGUUUGGGAGAAUAUUAGCUCCCUACACCGCGGCGCUCACAUUUUUGAGCCCUGGACGGAUACUACGUACCCUGAGCAGAGGAUCUCAGACGAAUCCACCACGCCUGCUAUCAGGAACCAACUGUCGGAUGACACAAGUUUAUAG